AUGAGACAUUCUUCGAGUCAAAUGUCACCAAAGGACAAGAGAACUGUGCGAGAUGAAGAGCGGACGAUUCAAGUUGCCAUAGCACCAGCGUACAAAGAUGAAACGUUAUCAUUUACAAAAGACACAGAUGGAGCAACUAAUCAAUGCGCAAGGCCGCAAAAAAAGCCAGUUCGUACCUUUCACUGUAGCGUAUGUAAUACGACCCUCAGAAGCAAAUCAGAUUACGAGGAUCACAUCACUCAGAAUCAUAAAAAGAAAUCUACCAAGAAGGACUCUCGCCACAGCAGUUUAAAAGCAAAAAUUAAGAACGAAACAAACAUAGAUUAUGGUCUUAUUACCAAAAACAAGAUGAUGAAUCCAGCAAAGAUAAUAGGUCAUAGCGGUUUGAUCUAUGCAGAGAAUAGGCUCAUCCGAGCUCGGUACAAGCAUCAUGUCUAUUUAUCAAGCAAUAGCCGUAAUAGUGAUAAAUUGGAAACAAUCAAAUUGCUCACAGAUGAUUCUCAAGCGACGGACAUACAUAACCAAGCUGUGGCCGAUACAAGUUGUCAGGCAGCAACGACGUCAGCAACAGGAGCAUUGGAUAGUGUGUCCAAUAACCACCGUACCAGCUGCAAAAUUACCUUGGAUCCAGAUAAAUUGCAUCGAUGCUCUGUUAGCACACGAUUCACAGCACCGCAUCACAAAAGAAGAAAACUCAACACAGCAUCCGACAUUGUUGACAUUGAAGCAGAAGAUCAAAAGAUGCAACGAGCACUUUCCGAGAGUUUGCAAGGUUCACAGGUCGAGGUUGAGAUUGAUCCUGUCGCUUCCAAUGUCUCAUCGUACCCUCAUCCCGUCAUAAACGAUCCCAACAAUUAUUGCCGGAUUUGUAAUGUAUCACAUUCCACGCAAGAGGCCUAUCAAAUCCAUUUACAGACAGAACAUCAUGUUGCAUUCCCGUCUUCAUCAGCCAAGAGAAAAGCACAAAAGCCACCAACUGUUACCCAUCCCGACAAGCUGUGCAAAUACAUGCCUAUUCAGAUCGCAUUUGACCCCAAGCCUUCUCCAACAACGACCAGAGGACAAAUGAAAGAUGCCAAUGUACAGCCUGAUUUAGAUGACCCCAACCAUUAUUGUAGAUCAUGCCAUAUUACAAAGCCAAGCAGGACAUCCUAUCUUACUCAUCUUUGUAUGAUACAUCAGACUACGAGUAGAAAGCAGAUGAACAGCAAAGCCUCAAAUGUGAAAACGAACAACUGA